AUGCCAGUCAAAUCAGCCAUCGGCUACCUCCAUGACCGGGUGGGCCACUUCAAUCUCAAGGCCCACUCCCAAAGGCUCGAAGGCUGGCUCGCAGCCAUGGCCGAGCAGCGCCGAAUCGAAGCACAAACCACCUGGAUCAAAAAGUACGAGCAGGAAACCCGAAACGGCCGCCGCAUCGUUCAACGCGAGAUGAACGUUAGCGCCGAGCUCUUUCACCUCGACACCGAUGAAGAGACCAAGACCAAAGCGGGGACGAUGGCACGCCAACACAAGAUCGCCGAGCUUAACUGGAAAUUGAAAGUCCUGGCUGACGACUUCAUCCAACACACCAAGCGACUCGACACGCUCAAAAAGGAAAGACCCCGAGGCUCGAUGGUCCGCGAGUACCUCAAAAAGCAAAAGAGCAAGCAGCCCCAGCCGCAGGCGCUGUGGAAACUCGAGCGAUACCUCUGCCAGCUGCGAGGUGGCUGCUGCACGCGUGAUUGCGGCUGCUGCGAGCUGUCGUGGCGGACGAUUCGUGAUCAUAGUAAACGCAUUCAUUACCUGCACUGCAGGGGACAGUCUUGUGCAUGCUGUGCGCGAAACCGUAUGUCCCCGGAGAUGUCAUUGGAAGACGAUGCUGCUGAGGAUGUACAGGAACCGGCCGCUUCGGAGUCACUGGGCCUUGACGAGGUCGAGGUUGCCGAGUUCCACUCGGGAGAAUGCAUACUUGCUCUUGCCCAGGGGAUGAUUAUGUACUAG